AUGCUGCGCACUGUCAUCGCCUUUGCUUCAGCCUCUGCUGCCAAAACGCUGAAUGGCACGUGCGGAUCGACUGCGCGUGGAGAACUUCCGACGCGAGUGACGACGACAAGGCGACAAAACGAAUGCGGUGCAAAGCCACCAAGAGACCGCGCCGAGUGCAAAGCGACCGACGCACGCGUUGGAGUGGGGCAAAAAGACGUGGCCGAAGCUACUUCAAGCCGCUGUUGGAUAGACGACAGAUUUUCAGAGGUGUCAAGUGGGACUCGUUGUUGCAGCGAGCCAGUGAGCUCGAGCCCACGGUGGACCAUUGACGACCGCAAGGACCAGGUCGUGUCGUACGUCACGGACCAGCUGCUGAGCUUUGGCAAAGCCUCUUGCCACUCUGACGACAGCACGAUGCAACAACACGUUAGCCCACCACAACAGGAAGACAGUCGCUAUUUCGUGUGGUGUCCACCAUAA